AUGAGCAACUUUGGAGGCGCCGGACUUGGGCAAAAGGUCCAGAAGCCGAAUCCGCCAGAGCGCGGCUCAUUCCCUCUCGACCACGACGGGGAAUGCAAGGACAUCAUGCUCUCGUAUCUCCGAUGCAUCAAGUCGCAUCGCGGCACCAAUGACCCCGAAUGCCGCGGCCUCUCCAAGUCAUACCUCUCUUGUCGCAUGGAUCGAAAUCUGAUGGCCCCGGAUUCGUUCAAGAACCUCGGCUUCGGCGAAGACAGCGACGGCCCCAACGCGGCUACCACAGCUGCAAAUGCAUCUCAGUCACCGCACCCCAACGGCCAAAACAAACCUCGCGGAGCCUAG